CCAUUUUCACGGCCAUCCAAAAAAGAAUUACAAAUCCAAAAAAGAAAAAAAAAUCCAGAAAAUUAGAAAAUGUCUGUCUGUCUUUCUGUUCGUAACUCCUAAAUUUCGAGUUCUGCCCAAAACUCUCCCGCCAAGUGGCCAAAAUUUGAAAGACGAAGACAAAGAGCGGCUCGGCAUGCUCUUCAAGUGUCGAGCCACAGGCUGUCUGAAACUGAAAUCUGAGGCUUUAAAGUCCGAGUGAGCGUCAGAGUUGAGAUCCAGAGGAAGAGAGAGUUAGAGAGAGAGAGAGAUGGCGAGUUCUUCGAGCUCUGGUUUGGAAAACAACGCCUUGGCUCAGAAGAAUGAGAGCGAAAGAGUCAGGGAUGAUAUGGUGGCCCAAAUAAAAAACCGUGUGCAAGCUGAGGGAAAAACCUGUCAUCAGUGCCGGCAGAAGACACUGAAUUUUGCUGCCUCAUGCACCAAUAUCAAGACGAAGGGUCGUCGUUGUCAAAUUAAUGUUUGUUCCAGAUGCCUCCUGAACAGAUAUGGAGAAAUAGCUGAGGAGGUGGAUCGUGAGGGUAACUGGAGUUGUCCCAAAUGCAGAGGCAUCUGUAAUUGUAGUACUUGCAUGAACAAAAAAGGUCUCCAACCCACUGGUCUUCUUGCACCAACAGCCAAGGCAGAAGGGUUCAAAUCUGUUUUUGAAAUGUUGAGUGUGAAAGGGCUAGAGAACUUAGGUCGUGACAAGAAUGCUGGACGCAAGGGUGCUUCGCGAAAAAAGGCUGUUGCUAUAAACGAGGAUCCUGUUGUUGAUUCUCCGAGAAAACGAGGGAAGGAGAAUUCUGUUGAAGGAAGUGAUGAUGUGAACUUGAAUGAAACACUGGACUCUGAUGAGCUGAAAAGUAAGAAAGCAAAGCGGGGAAGGUUGAUGGAAAUUGGUAAUGAGGGCAGAGAUGAUGCCAAGGCCAAGACUGGCAGAGGGCGCCGCAGAGGCAAGGAAUGCAGCAUGAAAAAGAACAAAGAGGAAGAGGGUGAGGAUGAUGCUGUCCUGCCUCAGGGCAAACCUGUAACAGAUGCGGCGCAGAUUGAGAUACCACCUGAGGAUGCUGGAAAUGCUCUGCAAUUUUUGGAAUUUUUCUCAGCUUUUGGAGAGGUGCUAGACUUUGAAAGAGACCAAGCUGAACAUCUACUUAAAGAAUUAUUGCAUCGAGGAAGGGGGCGAAGUGGACGCCCAGAACAGUACUCCUCAAUAAUUCGAUUUCAUAUCAUGAUGCUCUCCUUCAUACAGGAGGAUACAGGAAAGGAGUCUCACUGUUUAGGUGAAACAAGCAACAAGAAUACAUGGUUCCAAGAUUUGGGGAAACGCAUCUCUAAAUCCGGCAUCUCGGGCGAUGUAAUGGAUGGACUUCCCCCAGAGUGUUUUAGCAAAGGCAGUGCUGGAUAUGAGAUGUUAAACUUCUCACAGAAACUUAGGCUUUUAACUUUCCUCUGUGACGAGGCUCUUGGUACUAAUACACUGAGGGACUGGAUAGAUAUGCAAAGUGAAGAAUCUGUUGAAACAAAGAAUGCAAAAGAAAAAGUUGCUGCAGCAAAGGAUAAGGAGAAAGAAAUCCAAAAAAGGUUGGACGUUGAGAAGGCGAAGAGGGUAGAUGCAAACAAGGAUGAUCCUGUCUCAAUUGAAAAACAUGGUACUAAUACUACGGUUUCACGACUAGAAAGUGAGGUAGCUCAAGCUCAGGCGGAGGUAGCUGAAGCAGCAGCCAUGGUACCUAAAAAGAAGCCAUUUUCUGAUGCUAUGAGAACACAGCCUCAUCUUGUGGAUGCUGAUGGUCGGGUAUUUUGGAAAUUAAACAGCCAUACUGGUGGUGAAGGUGGUGUUUUGCUUCAAGAUAUGGGAAAAUGGGAUGCAUCUCCAUCUCACGAAAAAUGGUUCGUUUAUGGUGCUGAAGCCAAAGAGGGGGUCGAAAAAUACCUCGCUCAUCUGACACUAAAGCAACAAAAGGAAAAGAGGGCUAUGAGGAAAAAACGUUCCAAAACUUCUUGUGAAAGUAAUGAAGAAAACAUGGAGCUCAUUCCUGAAAGUAAUGAAGAAAACAUUGAGCUCAGUCCUGAAAGUAAUGAAGAAAACAAGGAGCUCAGCCCUGAAAGUACUGAAGUAAACAAGGAGCUCAGCCCUGAAAGCAAUGAAGUAAACAUGAAGCUCGGUCCCGAAAGCAAUGAAGUAAACAUGAAGCUCAGUCCCGAAAGCAAUGAAGACAACAUGAAGCUCAGUCCCGAGAGCAAUGAAGACAACAUGGAGCUCAGUCCUUCGGAAAGCAAUGGAGAAAACAUGGAGCUCAGUCCUUCGGAAAGCAAUGGAGAAAACAUGGAGCUCAGUCCUUCAGAAAGCAAUGAAGAAAACAUGGAGCUCAGUUCUUCUGAAAGUAAUGAAGGAAACAUGGAGCUCAUUCCUGUGGCUAAUUAGAGUUUUUAGCCAUCAGAAGACAGUUGUUUCAAGUCCAUUUUAGAUUUUUUUUUUUUUAAAUGCAGAACCGUCUAAAUAUGUGAUAAGGAUGAUAACAUCCAAGUAGUUGGCUGCCCGAGUUUCUGCAUAAAGCUGUUUCCUACUUUGGCUUUUGCUCUCUAUGGCAUUGCUGAUUUGAAGAGAAGCGACUUUCAGAAACAGGCCAGCUGCCUCAGCACAGAGGUGUGGUUCUUAACCUUUCAAUGGUUGGAUCAUACUCUGUAUUUAUUCUGGGGAAUGUAAGCAAGGGGAUAAACCUUUUUUCAGUAUUUUCUGAAUGCAUUUUGGAACUUUUAUUAA